AUGUUGAUGGAAAACGGUCAGGACGGUCAACGGUUUGCCGUGUUGAGUUAUGAGCAGGUGCGGCGCUUGGACAAGGUUAUGAACGAGUCAGUUCCGAUCAAUGGCCGCGGAAACUUCCCAACCCUUGACGUGAAGCUGUCCGACCUUGUUCGUGUUGUACGUCGCAAGCUGGAGCAUGAAAACGGGAUUCACGUCCGAGACAUUCGCGUCAACGGCGGCGUCGCCAGUCACGUGCUGUCGCCCGAGAACUCCGCAUACAACGACCUGGACCUCAUCUUUGCUGUUGAUCUCUCCAACGGAAAGUCAUUCGAAAAAGUCAAGAGUGCAGUGCUUGAGUCGUUGCUCGAGUUCCUGCCCGAUGGAGCCUCGAGUCGCAAGCAGCGCAUAUCUUUGGCGAGUUUGAAGGAAGCCUACGUGCAUAAAAUGGUGAAGGUCACCGAAGGUGAUCGUUGGUCGCUGAUCUCAUUGUCCAACUCGUCCGGGCGCAAUGUCGAGCUCAAGUUCGUCGACAAAAUGCGCCGCCAGUUCGAGUUCAGCGUCGACUCGUUCCAGAUCAUUCUCGACUCGCUGCUGCUCUUCUACGACUGCUCCAACAUGACUAUGUCGGAUAACUUCUACCCAACCGUUGUAGCUGAAUCAGUGUACGGAGAUUACCAGGAAGCGUUGUACCACCUCCGCAAGAAGCUCAUCGCCACCAGGAAUCCCGAAGAGAUCCGGGGCGGGGGCCUUUUCAAGUACUGUCAUCUGCUCGUCCGAGACUACAAACCGGCUAAAGAGGAGCAAUUGAAACAGUUGGAACGAUACAUGUGUUCCCGGUUCUUCAUCGACUUCCCUGAUCUCGCAAACCAACGACGCAAACUUGAAUCUUACCUCACGAAUCACUUCAUCGGCGAAGAAGAGCGCGCCAACCGUUAUACCUAUCUGAUGAUCCUGCACCGAGUCGUCGACGAGUCCACAGUCUGUCUGAUGGGUCACGAGCGGCGACAAACCCUCAAUCUCAUCGAGGAACUGGCCUCCCAGACCUAUUACGAAGAAGUCCUAUUGGCGUCGAGCAAACAGCAUGGUGUCGCGUCGCAGGGAUCCGGAGGUACUCAGAUGCCCUUGGAACUCGGCCCCGGUGCUUUCGUUCAGUUCAGCAACGGUUACUACUACACGCCGUACGUGUCAUCUUUGUCCCAAUACGCCACCAACUGUGUCUGCAAUUCCACGGGUAGCAGUCGGCCAAGCUCAUCGGGGGCGUCGACGCCCACAUCUGAAGGGUCAACUGGCAGCUGGACCUCGUAA